CUGAGCUUGGAUGAGUAAGUGAAGAACAGGAUGGCAAACUCAGCACUGGAGAUUGUGGGUCUUUUAGUAUCCCUAAUCGGGCUGAUCGGGGCAGCAGCAACUACAGGAAUGCCUAUGUGGCGCGUCACAGCCUUCAUUGGAGACAAUAUCAUCGUGUUUGAGACUCUGUUUGAGGGCUUGUGGAUGAAUUGCUACCAACAGGCAAGCUUCAGGAUGCAGUGUAAAGUGUACGACUCUCUCCUGGCCCUGACUCCUGACCUGCAGGCGGCAAGGGGGCUUAUGUGCUGCUCUCUGGCACUGAGUGGUCUUGGUGUGCUGAUCAGUCUGAUAGGCAUGCAGUGCACAUCAUGCAUCCAAAACAAUGAUCGAGCUAAGCGGCUGGUUCUCAUCAUUGCUGGUAGCAUGAUCAUAUUGGGUUGCUUCUGUGUCCUCAUCCCCGUCUCCUGGACGGGUCACGUCAUCAUCACUAACUUCUACAACCCCUUGCUGAUCGAUGCCCAGCGGAGAGAGCUUGGAGCAGCUCUCUACAUUGGCUGGGUAACUUCGGCUUUCUUGUUUGCUGGAGGAUGCAUUUUUAUUUGCUGUAAUAUACAGUCGGAUGACAAAGAUUCAGAGCGAUACCUAUACUCCAAGGCCUCAGACUAUUCGGUCUACCCUCAACAGCCACUACAGCCUCUACAGCCUCAACAACUGAUGACGCUUCCCCAACCACGAUCUCAGCCAAUGCUAUCAAGAUACCCAUCGUCUGUCUACAGUUACCAGUCCAGAUAUCCCUCUGUACACAGUGCACACAGUGGGGUCGCGUUUCUGUAAACACUUAUUUUUAUUUUUGUUUUUUUAAUUGAUCAGAAACUGCAUUUCAGGUUUAAGAGAAAAUGUGUGUGAACCAAUACACCAUUUCUACUGCAUUAUGUGUAUUAAUUCAAUUUGAUACUAACAGCCUUAUAUUUUAUACAAAUGCUUAAAAAAAAGUGUACAUUUAUGCUGUAUAUAACAAUUUAAUUCAAUCUUUAACCACUGAAAAUUAUUAAAAAGUUGACUUACUGUAAAACAUGCACUUUGUUAAUGGGACAUGUCAUCUCUGAAAAACAAGCGUAGUUGUAACUACAUUUAACCCUCUCAGGCUCAAAUUAAGUUUUUGUUGCUAAUGCA